CGGCGGGAACAUGGCGCGCGGGAGCGGUGCGCGCGCCUAGCUGGCGGGACCGUUAGCUGAAGGCGAACGCAGCCCGGGCCCUCGCGGCGAUGGAGCAGUCGCUGCCGCCGGCACCUGAGGCGACCCUGGGGUCGACUCCAGCUCGGAGCCGCAGGCGCCGAGAGCCCGAGUCUCCGCCGGCGCCCGCGCCGGUUCCUCUCUUUGGUGUUAAGACUGUUGGUCAGAGAAGCCCUGAUGAACCAGUACUGAGCAAAGCUGAAUUUGUUGAGAAAGUUCGGCAGAGUAACCAGGCCUGUCAUGAUGGGGAUUUCCACACAGCUAUUGUUCUUUACAAUGAAGCUCUGGCUGUUGACCCUCAAAACUGCAUCUUGUACAGCAAUCGGUCUGCAGCCUACAUGAAAAUCCAGCAGUAUGACCAGGCACUGGAUGAUGCCAUCAAAGCCCGACUCCUCAACCCCAAGUGGCCGAAGGUAGCAGUUUUAUUACAUUAG